AUGAUGAGAGGUAGACACGUAGAAGCCCCUCGUCAUCCCUUGGGGCUUCGCUGCGAACAAAUUGCAGAAUUCGAAAGACUUCUCUGGGUAGAACCAGAUUACAACAAGGAGUCACCCGCCGAGUACACAGUCAAAUACGACAGCGAUGACUCCACCCUUAUCACCGUAACAGGAAAGAAAUAUGGCGACAGACGAGUCCGCGAAUUCCGCGAUUCAUCCGGUCUCCCCAUGUUCGAAACACAGCGUGUUAGGCCCGCGAUAAGAUGGCUGAAGCCAUGGCGGGUACACUUGCCCGGGAAUGACGAGGAUCUUGCGGAAAUCAAAUUAAAGUGGAAGCCCUGUGAUUUCGAUAUCACUUUUCGCAAUGUGAUGGCGGAAGAUGCGAAGAAAGAAGAAGAUAAAUUGGCCACUGUCCAAGUUCGACGCACUUCACCUGCGCUAUGUACAUUUGCGGUCUAUGCGGAGGAUCGCAAGGUCGUGGAUAUACGUGAAAGUGUUAUCUUGAACAGAACGGUUUCAAUAACGGGGAAUAUGACCCGAGUUAGUAGCUCGAGUCAUCAACCAACGCGAGCGAUAAUGGAUGUUCUGGUCGCAGAGGACUUUGAUCUCUCGCUAGUGAGUCUGAACUGA